AUUUUAUAUUAGGCCUAUGUGUUUUCUGGUUGCCGAAAUGAUAAAUUCUCUCUCUAUAUCCUGUUAUCAUGAAAAUACCAAGGAAUAGAAGAAUUUCAAAUAUGAAAUUGAGAUCUAUGGCAGUACAGCAGUAUGGCUAUUCCCAUUUUUAGAAAUUUUAUUUUUUUCUGCUAUAAAUUAAUCAAAAACGAAAGUUGAACAAGCAAUUGGCUGAUGUGUAAUGAGUAGGCGUACCGGUUUUUACGGAGGCUCACCUGGCCCACCUAUCGACGAAAGAUCAUUAACGCAUCAUGUACCACAGUUGUAUGGUCAGAUUACACCAGGAGGUAACCAUGUCUAUGGUGGUCCUGGUAUACCAUAUGAUCCUCCACCCCAAGAGAUGAAUGGAAAUGAUUCUGUUUAUUAUACCCAUCAUGUAGGGGGAAAUGUAAUGCCCAGUAAUUAUGCUGAUUUCAGAAGUGUUCAUAUGAAUACUUAUCCAUAUGUCCCGAGAAUGGGUCAAUUUUAUUAUGGGGGUGGCCCGGCCCCUUAUUAUUAUACAGCCCCUCCUCAAUUUGUUGAUGACAAUUUUGCGCACGGCCAACAGUACACAGAAUGGUCUUCCAAUGAUUUUUCGACUCCAAACGACAUGUCGCCACCAGAAUCUACCACUGUGGAAGACAACGCUACUGCUGCUGAAGCUCGGUCAUCUAGUAACGAAAGCGCUGGGAAAUCGCGACGAUUUAGCAGACAACGCAAUGUUAAAGAUGGUGAUGGAAAUAGACCCCGUAGUGCGUCAAAUAAAACACAAUUCAAAAAUGUACCUAAACAUGAAAUAAGAUUUAGUCAUCAGAAACGACAAUUAGACACUGCUCCAAUAUCCGAACAAAAGUCUGUUAUAAAAAUUGAUGACGAUGACAGUGCUGAGGCUUCCAAUACAGAAGAUUCAAGAUUUUCUAUAAUUCGAAGUAUUGGCAAGAGAGAGAUUGACACUGGUUAUGAUGAACCACAAAAACCGAAUAGAGGACCAAGACAAAACAAUAAAAAAGAGAAGCCGAGAAUCAUGAAGAAGAAAAUUGACAAGCCUGUGGUAAUUGAAUCAUCAGAAUCUCAACUUAAUCUUUUAUUGGACCAACUUACAUGUGGAACUUAUGAAUGCAUGGUCUGUUGCGAUCGUGUCAAACAACAACACGCAAUAUGGAAUUGCAGUAAAUGUUAUCAUGUUUUUCAUAUGGGGUGCAUCAAAAAAUGGGCCCGGUCCCCCUCCGCUCAUGUUGAAGGUGAAGGGUGGCGAUGCCCAGGUUGCCAAAACAUUACCAAGAAAUUCCCAAGCACCUAUAACUGCUAUUGUGGAAAAGUAAAAGAACCAGAGUGGAAUCGCAGAGAAACUCCUCACUCAUGUGGAGAAGUUUGUGGCAAAAAGCGAAGCAACAAUGAUACAUGUACUCAUCCAUGUAACAUACUCUGCCAUCCAGGACCGUGUCCUCCAUGUCCAGCCAGUGUAAUUAAGCCCUGUUUAUGUGGGAAGAUGACAAGAAAAGUAAGGUGCAGUCAACAAAAGCCAUUGACAUGUACAGAUGAAUGCGGGAAAUUGAAAAAUUGUGACAUUCACAAAUGUGAUGUUAUAUGUCAUGCUGGUGACUGCAAUGACUGUGACGUACUUGUGGAACAAGAAUGCUUUUGUAGUAAAAAUAAAAGGGAAGUUUUGUGUGGUUCCGAUCAGUUUAAAAUUACUCGUACCAAAGGCAGAAAGCAGGUUUACUCUUGUGAAGGUAUAUGUGAGAAAACACUUUUGUGUGGUCAUCACAAUUGUGCUGAAGUUUGCCACGAAGGAGACUGCAAGCUGUGUCCUCUACGUCCUAGUGCUGUAACAACGUGUCCAUGCACUCAAACAAAGAUUUCUGAUUUAGUUGAUGAAGAUGGUAAUAAAGCUGUUCGAACGCAGUGUAUUGAUCCUAUUCCUCUAUGCGAUAAAACAUGUAAUAAACCACUGCGAUGUGGUGGUGACAGCAUUCAUACAUGUAAACUUAAAUGUCACACUGGUCCGUGUUCUCCAUGUACGGACGAUAUAUCUGCCAUUCAUUGUCGAUGUGGGAAAUCAGAAGAUGAAGUACCGUGUUCUGAAAUACCAGAAAAAUUGUAUAUUUGUGAUCGACGAUGUAAUAAAAAACGCAAAUGUGGUCGACAUAAGUGCGGAAAAACUUGUUGUAUCGAUACAGAACACUUGUGUACACAGAUAUGUGGAAGAAAACUUGAAUGUAAAUUACAUCGAUGUGAGGAACCUUGUCACAGAGGGAAUUGCCACACCUGUUAUAAUGUUAGUUUUGAAGAUUUGAGUUGUCAUUGCGGAGCUGAAGUCAUGUUUGCGCCAAUUCCCUGCGGCACGAAACCACCUGAAUGCUUGAGAGAAUGCAUGAGAGUUCAUUCUUGUUUUCAUCCUGUUAAACACAAUUGUCACAAUGAAGAAAAAUGUCCACCUUGUGUUGUUUUGGUCAAGAAACCUUGUAAUUGUGGAAGGAUAAUUCGAAGUAACAUUCCAUGUCACCAAGAGAAUGUUUCAUGUGGUGCACCUUGCAAAAAAGUACUCCCUUGUGGUCAUCACUGCCUGAAACCAUGCCAUCAAGGCCCAUGUAUGGAGGAAAAUGACAAAUGUACUCAACCUUGUAGCAUUAUGCGUGUUGAAUGCAUUCAUCCCUGUGCAAUGUUUUGUCACCAAGGUCAGCCUUGUCCUCCUUCACAAUGUAAGGCUAUGGUCACUCUUAAAUGCAGCUGCGGAAAUCGCGAAAUGCAGGUAGAAUGCUCAGAGGGAGGAGCGACUUAUCAACGGAUAUCAUCAGAGGCAUUCGCAAGGCAACAACAAAUGAGCAAAGGCACUGUUGACAUUAGCAAUCUCUUUAACAGCGGAGGAAAGCAGAAAGUCCUUCCGUGUAAUGAACAAUGCAGUGCUAUCGAACGAAACCGUAGAUUAGCAGAAGCCCUGAAUAUUGAUGAACAGGCUUCAGCUGUAGUGGAACAACAUAUCUAUUCAUCUUUUCUACAGAUGUGGGCCAAACAAGAUCCAAUGUUUGUUCAAGGCAUAGAACAAGAGUUAACAAAUAUCAUUGAGGCCGUAGCUUGGUUGGAUAAAACUAAACGUUCUCACACAUUUCCAUCUAUGAGAAGAGAGAAACGACAAGUUAUUCACGAACUUGCUGAAGCUUUUGAUUGUAAAUCUGUCAGCAUUGAUGAAGAGCCAAAUCGCAGCGUUCUUGUUACCGCUGUUCGAGGUGUGAGCAAAAUUCCACGUCUUCUCUUGAGUGACAGCGUGAAAAAGAAAGAACCUGAACCAGCAUUUCGAAGGCAAACUGAGAGUCAAAGUAAGACAAGUAAUACCGUUGAUGGCAAAAAAAGACUUCUGAGCUCCAUGAAACUUGUGUCUUUGACAUCUGCAUCCCCUUCAUCAGACGAUAAAACAAGUGAUUCCAGUCAUCACAUAAAAAGACCAGCUUCCAUUCCUCGUAUGCCGAGUUAUACUUCAUCAGUUGCCAAACAGUCUACUACCAGCGUUUCUGGGAAAUUCUCAGCUGAACACACUGCUAGAGUUGGUUAUUCAGAUGGAAAAUUGUCGAAUACUACUCCAUCCAACAGCCGGAGUAAUGCAUAUAGACCAGCAAGUUACGCUCGGACCAGCCAAUCAACAAGAACGCCAUCUGGGUCGGCAGCAUCUGGAGGCAAAAAUGAACCAGAAAUUGACUAUUUUGAUAUGACUGGUUAAAAUCGAUCUACAAGAUUAUUUGUGGAUUGCUGUUUCUUUUAUUAUUAGGGGGCUAAAGACUGAGGUGAAGUUGGCCAAGUUUAGAUAUGAAUUAUUAUGACUUUAUUGAAUAUACUUACCGUAGAAUUCUUGUUGUUGAAAUGUGCUAAGAAGCAGUUCGUGUUGAUAUAAAUGAACCAAUUUAUGCAUUAAAAAUAAAUAUUGUAACUUGUGAAAUAGGCUUUUUUCGUGUGUAAUUGAUUAUAUUAGAUCGUUUUUUGAUUGUCAGCCAGAAAUUUCAUGUACAUGAGCAUAAGUUAAUUUGUUAAAACGUACAGCAUCUUACUCAGAUGGUGCUUGAAAUUCUUGUUUGUGUAUUAAUAAUCCUGUAUAUUGUUUAAGUUUCAUCAUUGGUUGGUUAUGGAAUUUUGUUGAAACGAGCUUUUCUUUUUCGUGAAGUGAGUUUAACUAAGCAGUGUGUAAAAUAUGCUUGGAAUAAAUGAUUUGAAUUGUUGCA